AUGAAAAGUCCACGUCAUAUAUUCAAAGGCCAGUCUCUGCGGAUAACAGCCGUAUUCAUGAUACUUUUAAUCUCAGCCCACGCGUCAUCAAUUCAAGAAAGAAUGAUUGAAUCAACCGAACCUAGAUAUCAUUGUAAAAAGAAAACAUAUACGUUCAGCGAAGUUGAAACGGCUCGAAAAGCAGCGUGUAAUGGAUUCAUAUUAAUAAGGAGUGAUGCGAGACGACCCCUUGUUCACACUGAAGAUGAUGAUGAUGAAAAAUUGAUAUAUGAAUGGAAUUUUCCUUUAUCUACAUCGAAAAGUCCUCAAGGUCUGGUUCUAGGUAAAAGAAGGAAAUUUAUCGAGAAAAUAACUCUUAAUAAUAGCUGUGAACUCAAAGACGUGCUUUAUUACGAUAGUGAAACACAAAAAUUUGAGUCUUGUAUAAAAGUACCCGAUGUCCCAACAAUUACGAAUUCUGAGAUGGAAAAUGUUUCCACUGAGCCUAUCGUUCGUUGCGGAUCAUUAUCAUGGGAACAAACAGAGCUUCAACUUCACUCAACUCGUAACUUACCCCAAUUCAUGAGUGGUUUUGUCGAAGUAAAGGACACAUCUAGUGAAGUUGAUGGUCCAUGGAGGAGAAAUGUUGUGAGCAAACGAAUGAAACUAAAGAAAAAAAUACAAAAUAUCCCCUACGAAAUUAUUGUGAAUAAUCAGAAUGAGGUUUGCGGCAUAGUCGUAACUCAUAACAUAAGCCGAAAACCAAAUACAGCUCAUAAUCCCGAUUCUAGAGAGGAUAUAAUAGCAACUCUUAAAUCGAACAAUAUAAAAGGAACUAUCAGAAUCGUAUGCCUGCUUGACAGGAAGUUUCCGUUUUUCUCUACAACACUAAUAUCGAGUCUAUCGAACCCGAAAAAACGAAAGAGUCGUGGGUAG